AUGUCAGCUUCUGCUCGGAGCUCGACGAGAAGAACGCGCAACUCCAUCGCAGCAGCUUCGUCGUCAAUUGCUGCAUCGCGCACACGCGCUCGCAGCGCGUCGAGGCGUCAAAGUACGACGACUGAUUCACCAUCCGCGACCCAAUCACGCACUCGCAAUGCAUCGCGGCCACAAAGCAUCACAGCUUCCUUGUCAGCUGCUACAUCCCAACCACGCACUCGCAAAACAACCAGGCGACGAAAUACUACGGGAUCCUUCCAGUCACAUUAUAUUGUGCUAUCAUCCGACUCCUCCGACUCCUCCGACUCACCGGACUCACCAGACUCACCAGACUCACCAGACUCACCAGACUCACCAGACUCACCAGACUCACCGGGCUCGCCCAAUCCUUCCGAGUCGCCCGUCUCUGAUUCUGAUGAUCAAGCCACACCCGAAGCAUCCGACUUUGACUAUUUGGACCUUUCCGAUGCAUCCGACUCCGAUCAUUCAGACCCGUCUGACGCAUCCGGUGCAUCCGACACAUCCGAUCACGAACACCAAGAUCCUUCUAACACGCUCCGCUCCAAUGCGCCUCGGGCAGCCCGCCAGGAUCGCUCGCUUCGCGAAAGCACAGAUGAUGUGUCCAGCGACGAGGCUGCAGAGACGUCCAACGUGACGGAUGCAGUUGCUACAAGCGACGAAUCCCAGGAGGCUCUGGAUGAGGCUUUGGUCGCCAGUCAGCUCACACCGCGUCCGAGCCGCCAUAUCCACCUGGAGUCGGCUGACAGCGACACCACGCAGACCGCGCUCCACCGCUUGCACCCACAAGAGCAGAGGGGCAACAGACUCGCCAGAGCUUCGAUCGCAGGUCCACUGGUUUCCAGCCGCGACACCAACCAUACAAGCAUAUCGACCCGCUCGCGUCCUUCGAAACGAGCCAGACACAGUGCCCCACUCACCCGCACUGCCACCUCUGCGCAGUCAGGCUCGCGAAGCAUAGAUACAGCGAGAAGCGCGCUUUCGAACACGCCAGCAUCAACGCGCCGAAGUAAACGCCUGAAUGCAGGCAUAGUCAUUUCUGACGACGAAUCCAGCCAAGAGUCGGAUGAAGGCUCGGAAGAAGGAGACGAAGAACCGGACGAAGAUUCGGACGACGAGUCCGAGGAAACAAACACGAUAACAGACAAGAUCGCAGCACAAUCAGGGCGGCGACCAAGGCGAUCGUCGCCUCGUUCGGGCGCAGAUUUGACAGCAAACACGACCGUAGCGCAAUCCGAACAGCGGUUACGCCCAUCGCUGGCUGAUCCGGAUGGACGACUCGACGUGCCUACUAUCGAAGAGCGAUGUGCUGCAAUCAUCAUCAACGCAAAGGGCGUGCUCCACUUCUACAUGAGUCUCUACCACCAGCAAUGGCAACGCGAGUCGUUUGAUGAUAUGCUCCGCUACUGGACACCCUUUGAGUCGUACAAAACCAACCAGCUGCUCGCCGAAGCUCAAUACAAGCAUCACUUUAUCGAUACCGAAGAAGUCACGCGCUCAUUGCUCCGAGAAUCCGAUCGGACGCCACCAGAAGGUUUCGAUGAGGCAAUGCAGAUGGCCAACUGCGCUACCUUUGUUCACUACAUCCACCAACUCCCCACAGACCCUGCACAGUACCAACGUGCCAAAGGUCAAGACAUCACGGGCGAAGACGUUGUUCGCGCCCCGCUGCGAAACAUUAACGAACUCAAUGAUGCCCGUUGCGUCUUUCUGCGAUUCAUUGUGCCCUUGGAGUCGGAAAUCACCGACGAGGUGCUCAACAUGCUUCUCGACAUGAGCGUCCAAAUCUACAUCCAUCGUCUAGAGCAUGUCUUGCAAGCAGUUCGAGCAGGUGAGAUGGCCGAAGACGUUGGCCGCACAGACAUCUCGGAUCAUCUAUCCAUCCUCAUGAGUGGCGAGAUUGUACGUCACUCGCUUGAGCAUGUCAAGAGGCGACGUGGAAUGUCACAAGCCCAGAUCGACUACAUGGUGCAGCGGUACGAGACGUUUGCCAAUAUUCGCCAGAUCGACCUUCAGGGCAUGCAGCAUAACUACGUCGCCCUGCGCGAGAUGUUUUCAUUCCAAAGGAUGGCAGCCGAUCUUACCGGCUACGUGCGCGAUGUGGUGCGCGAGGUUGAUGCUGGAAUGCACUCGACAACAUUACCGCUCAUCAUGGAACGCCUUGCACGCGAGUCGAGCGUGUUCAGUGCCUCAAUCAUUCCCGAUAUUGUCUCCGCUUCCAGCCCUGACAUGGAUGGUGAGAACCAACGUCCGUUGGGCAUCGACACGGGACCAAGUCAAUCGACACCCAAAACCACAGCUGGCGCCACCCAGGCGUCACAGCCUUUCGCUAGCGAAUACACCAUUUGGCUGGACGAAUUGAUGGAUGAGGAUGAUUCGCAAGACAAUCUGCAGCCUCACACGCAGCCACGAGAUUCCGUAGAGAUCGUUCCACAAAGCAAUGAUCUUGUUGAACUGACAGUUACGCAGAAACUCCUCGAGCUCGAGGCUAUGUCGUCUCUCGAACGCGAAGGGGCUGCUCUGAUCGACAGCGUUGACCUUGAUGUCGCUUCCAGUCCUCCGCGGGACAAUAGACUCGCAGCACGACUUUCUGCUGCGCUCAACAGCUCUGGUCGCACCACAACACGUGACCCGCACCAGCCACCAGGCACUUUCGUUCCAUUUGAAAGCAGUGAAGCAGCCGGACAGGUGGAGCCACGCCGGAACCGCGAUGGCCCGUUCGACUCGCCGACAAAGGAGAAAGCGGGAAGAUUGGGCUUCGACAGUCAGAACCGUCUGGUGCGUCACACAGCAGAAGGCGACCGCAGGAACCAGAGACUCGUCGAUGGGUCAGCAACGGCAGUCCGAGAAUCUCGCUUUGAAACUCAGGGCGAGGAUGAUGAAGAUGUCUUUCUCGAAAACGCCGUUCGCGGCCACAAGCGUGGAAAGCAGAAAGGCAAAGGAAAGGCGACUGCACCGCCUCCACCCGCUGACGUACAAGCGACACCGACUUCCGGACGCAGUCUGCAAAUUAACGCGGCACAGCGACGCCUAAGCCCUCUGCAAGAAUCAGCUGCCGAUAGCGAGAGCGCUGCAGAUGCGCCAGACGAUGUUCCGAUCACCAGAAGAAGAAGCUCUCGUGUUGUAGCACAAAAAUCGAAGCCCAGGCGAGACUCUGUCAAUUCCGCUCAACGUCAAGCUCAGCAGCGUGCAGAGGACAGUGCUGAGGCAGAGGAAAGCGACGAAGCAGAGGAGCAGCAAGAGCGAAACGUGACUUUUGUAAGUCCUACAAUGGGCGCCGAGGAGGCGCGCUCUAAAAGGACACGUUCGCAAACUGCAAGAGGCCGGAGCAGCGUCAGCAAGGGAGAUGCCACCGGUCUUGGGCGAGGUUUGCCUCAAGAUGGAUCGCAAGCCCGUACGCGAUCCACUGAAUCUGGGCGGCUGCGCGAGGAAGGCGAGUCAAGCGACGACGAACAAGGCGAAGCGGAUAGGCCGACUGACGGGAAUAGGCUUGAAGGCGUCCAGACCGAGCUCGAAGCUACGAGAGCUACACCGGAUGAGGGCUUUGUUGGCGAUGACGACCAAGCUGUUCUUCGACGCCGAGCAGCUAGGGAUGCCGCUGUUGCUGCAAAACAGCCUCGGCCUGGUACGGUGCGUUUCCACCGACCCGAGGCGGAAGACGAGGCGAUGCCGCUUGCUGGACUGGAAGAUGAGUCUCGCACAGACGGCGAGGACGCGGAUGCAAUCGCGAUGCGCGACGAGAACGCUGUAGCUGAGAUCCUGCGCUCUAGCGAUCCGGCGCCUUCGCGUCGUAUUGGGCCGUAUCGCCCGGCCAGGUUACGUUGUCAACAAGCUCUAGAAGAAGCUGCCCCUGUUGUUAAUCAGAUUUCCUUGGAAGAAGAGGACGAAGAGGAAGAGGAGGACGAGCUACAAGACGAGGUGAGCGCCCAAAGCGCUCCCAGCAAACGUCAACGGCGCGCCGAACCGCUCGGCCAAACAGUGCGAGUGGAACCGUACAAAGGGUCGAACCUGUACGUCUCUGGUCACAACAUGUCGGGACGAGUACGAUGGACUGAUGCGGAAACGACAUGCUUGCUGUCGGCGUUACACGAGCUAGCUCGGUACAAGCAAGUGUCGCCAAAGUUCGCCGUGUACUCCGAGGUGCUAAAGCGACACGGUGUGCGCGGAACGCAAUCGACGUUGCUGGCGAGGUGGAACAACGUGCAGUUGAAAGACAAGGCGAGGAACGAGCUGAUCAGGAUGAAGAGGGAAGGCGUCAGGAUCCCGUAUUGGAAGAGGCUGUUGCAUCCAAAUAUCUGGAAGCCGAAACGGGUCGUGGAGAGGGAGAGGAGGGAAGACACGGAAGAUGUGCCGGACGUGGGUUCUUGGUCGCAGCUCCGAUCAAGUGGAGAGCGCAGGAACCCUAUCCUGUUAGCAAGCAGUGAAUCGGACAAUGCAAGUGCUGCAGCGGUGCAAGCACAAGCUGCCACCGAGAACGGCGUCGAUGUUGAGCCCGACAAAUCGCAACGUGCUAGAGACGCUCAACGCGGCCAAGAUCAGCGCUCGUCGAGUUCUCUUUCAAACGAAUAG